UCCGACCUGUGAGGACGUCGCGCGCGACCGGAACAAUUUCACACGCGCCGCCGAGAAUCGCGGCCGCUUUGCAGCAUCAUCGAAGAUUUAACAUUGACGGCUUGCGGGUGUUUGCUGUCUCAGGGCCUGAAGAGAAGAAGAAGAGAAGAUUGGGAGCCAUUUCGGUGGGGAGGACUUGGGCAUAAACAACAAAAGUGUCACGCGAAUUGAUUUAUAAUGGGCAGAGCUGGCAAUGAUUCACUCAACAGCGCGGCGGAAGGCAUCCAGCGUAUCGGCCGUUUGGCGGGAGUCUUGUGUGAAUUCUUGUCGUAAUUGAAAAAUAUUUCCUUGCCAAAUUCCAUGGACUACUUCCCCACGUCCGGCGCUUUUCCCGUGAUACAAGAGGUGUUAAAAGUGUAAUUCUUUGAGUUUUCAUCCCUGUCUCAGCAGCGAGUUUUUUGCGGCUCUCCCACCAAGUGUCGGACAGAGGAAAACAAGUGUUGAGAAAGUAAACAAAUUGUGGUGGAAAUAUUGAUAGUGAGGAACAUGAGUUAAGAGUUGGGGUAAAAGUUUUCUAGUAUGAUUCACACGAGACGAUUAUGAGGUUGAAGGUUGGAAGAAUUGCACCAGACUGAGAGAUAUCCUGUAAGAUGAGAACGUGAAUUUCUUGGAACAAUUGCUGAGGUGAAUCCACACCGAACAUCAACAUCCUGUGACUCGUGCAUGACAAGGAAGAAUGGAAGUUUUCAACUUUCUUCUCGCAGCAAUUACCUAUCAGCUGAUUGUCUAUCAAGGUAGCUUCGUUGGAGGUGUUUCGUGGGAGAGUUGGUGGACACAUGAUGGAAUUUCAGGUCCCGCCUUUUGGGGUCUGAUCAACCCAGAGUGGUCGUUAUGCAAUAAGGGCAGGAGACAAUCACCAGUUAAUUUAGAGCCACAGCGUCUGCUAUUCGACCCAAAUCUAAGGCCUUUACAUAUCGAUAAGCAUAGGAUAAGCGGCACAAUUGCAAACACGGGACACAGUGUCAUAUUCACGGUGAACAAUGAAACGGCAACGGCCUACGAGGGACCCCAGAUCCCCGUCAACUUCAGCGGCGGCCCGCUCUCGUACUUGUAUCGAUUCAAUGAGAUUCACAUCCACUAUGGCCUUCACGAUCAGUUCGGGUCGGAACACAGCGUCGAGGGCUAUGCAUUCCCCGCAGAAAUACAAAUAUUUGGCUACAAUUCACAGUUGUACUCAAACAUAUCGGAAGCCUUAAAUCGUGCUCAGGGUGUUGUCGGCAUUGCAAUUUUGCUUCAGUUGGGCGACUUGUCCAAUGCCGAGCUGAGAAUGCUCACGGAUCAGCUGGAGAAAAUCCGCUUUGGGGGCGACGUAGCGCCCGUCCGGAGGCUUUCAGUCCGCGGACUUCUGCCCGAGACGGACCACUACAUGACUUAUGAAGGCUCCACCACGUCGCCCGCGUGCCACGAAACGGUGACCUGGAUCGUCCUUAACAAGCCAAUUUACAUCACAAAGCAACAGCUGCACGCCCUUCGACGCCUCAUGCAGGGUGGUCCUGAUCACCCGAAAGCUCCGCUGGGGAACAACUUUCGACCCCCGCAGCCGCUCCUCCACAGGCCUGUUCGUACAAACAUUGAUUUUCGCAGCAAACAAAAUGGCAAGGCAUGCCCCAGCAUGUACCGGGAUGUUCACUAUAAAGCAAACAGUUGGAAGCAACACUGAAGUUGUGUACUUCUCAUCCUCAUCAUCGUCACGGUGAAAAUCCCUAAAUGGUACCGGAGAGGACACAUUCUCGAGUGUUUGUUGUGCACCAAGAGAGCGACAAGAGGAGCGAGACAUGAAAGCCAAAUAAGAAUUCUUCAACUUUGGAGAAUUUCCUUCCUUGUUCUGCGUUUUUUUUUCACUCCCGCCCCAACAAGUUGCCCAGAGAGUGAAAGACAUGAAAGUUACGGCGAAGCAGACGACGAGAGAGCAAAAAAGGUCAAAAGGCCACCAAAUGUUGAGUGAUUUUGCAAUUUAAUUGAUGAGAAAAUCUCCUCUGCCGGAAAGGUAUGAAAAUUUCCAUCGAUUUUCCUCUUUAAGAGGGCCACGCGGAAAGAAAAAAAAAAUGUGAGGAGCUCCGGAGAAGAAGCGGAGAAAGCUGGAAAUUGGGUGGGAACGAGAAUGGAGUUCUAUUGUAAAUAUUAGUGUAAUAAAGCAAAGUAUGGUUAAGGAAACAAACUCUCUCCGGCUGAAGAAUUCUCAGAGAAGAUUUAUCGAGUAAAAUUUUGUAGUUCCAAACAGCUACACUCUAGAUAAUUAAGUAGUGAAUUAAGGGCGGACGCAGUGGAUCGAUGACAAGAGUCCCCUUGAAUUGGCCAAAGUCGCUUGAAUUUCUUUCUUUUUUUUUUUAGGUGAAUAAAUCCCAUUUCCAGAACACCUCGACGAUCCACACUGUGAAUUGGGAGUAAAUAGUAAUAAUAAUAUGGAUGAAAAAAAAUCGAAACGAGGGAGUUUUGAUGGAAGAUGUUAGCAAAGGAAAUGAAAUCAAACAAUAAAGAAAAA